GAAAUCUGGGUGAAUAGUUGAUGAUGGAAAAGGAAAACAAGGUCAAUCUACCGUUCAAGGUUGGUCAAUUGGCGGAAGUUAGGACCUUCGAGGAGGGGUUUCGCGGUGCGUGGUUCCGAUGCAAGAUUCAGAAGAUUUGCAAGAAAAAGGGAAUACUUAUACAUGCCAUAGAAUAUAUUGACUUCAGCGAGGAGAAAGUAGACUGGACAAAGCUAUAUCAGGUGCCUCCUUAUUAUUCGGGGAUCAGAAAAGGGUAUUAUGGAGAAUUGAUGGUGAGGCCACCUUACCCACCUCUAUAUAAUGAGAAGGAAAUGCUUCAUGUCGCUGAGAUCUCAGAAGUCACAGUAAUUGCCGGUGAUUCUUGGAGGGUGGGUAAUUUGGUGGACUGGUGGAAUAGUGACUGUUAUUGGUCUGGACAUAUAACACAAUUAUUAGGUGAUGACAAGGCCCAGAUCGAACUGACACCCCCACCUUAUGGCGAAGGUUCAACAUAUGAAGUGCUUUUCAAGGAUUUACGUCCAUCACUAGACUGGUCUCCUGAACUUGGUUGGACCCUACCUACUCAGGAAGGUGACAUUUGUUGUCGUGUUGUGAAACCUGUAAACCAAGUAAUUGACGAGGGAAUUCGAGUUGAGGAUUUGCACAAUACCGGUCAAGAAACUGAGGCCAGUCGUAGGUCAGCUGGUUCGUUGUUCUCUUCUCCAGCUUCCUCCAACUCAGCCGUUUCCAAUAUAGCAAAAGGCAGAACAACUACAGAGAAAAGGACAUGUUUGCCGAGGAAGACAAUCUCUAAGAAACAGAUGCAGAAAACAGAAAGCGCUAGACAGGGAGCUGGUGAUAGCCGCACAAGAAAAACAGGACAGGUGGCGGCUGAUUCUAGGCAGAAAAGGACGUGUUCGCCAGGGAAGAUAAUUUGUAAGAAACAGAAGAACAAAAACGAAAGCCCUAGACAGGGAGCUGGUGAUUGCAGCACAAGUAAAACAGGACAAGUACUGGCUGAUUCUGGGAAGCAAAGGGCUGAACUUGCAGCUGAAAGCACUCUAGAGGAACAAAAUCUCGAUUAUUGCCGGGGAAUGAGUGGUCGCCACGUUCUACACUCAAAAUGCUCCGACCAUGCUGGUAUGGAAGCAGCAAUCUUUGACUUGGAGCAAUAUUUGAACAAGAUUAAGUGGUUGAGGAAGCUUAUGCAAUACGGAACUUCAUCGGCUGGUGCUCAGAUGCCUCAUUGGGAAUUUGUGGAGCAAGUCAAUGCCAUUGAAACCCAAAAGCUAUUGGAGUGAAUGUUUCAUCCUCAAUGGUGGGUUGCGGAUGCGAUCCGGAGUAGACGGGCUGGGAGGGUAAGCGUUGCUAGAGGGCUUGGGCGAGAUGCAGUAUAGAAUGCAUAUCCCCAGUAGAAUAGAAGCUUAUAUAUCAUCUGAUUUCAGAAUACUUUUUGAAACUAAAUAGCUUGCUUUUUUUCUUCGAGAAGAGCGACAACAAGGAAGGUUAACUCAAAGUUGAGAAUUUUAUCCGAAGUUGGAAGAUCGUACUUGAUGUGGACUUUAUUUCUGAUAUGUUAAUGUGGGAUACACAUUAAUCACUCAAAAGUAUUGUUUUCAUGUUUUCA